AAGCAAGCCGGUGGUCGAGCUGUGCGCGCGCUUUCAUUACGCUUCAAGUUUUCAUCAAAUAAAUUGUGAUUUAAAACAGUGCUGCUAUUCAAACAUGGUGAAUAUCUCUCUGACGUGGAAACAAUUAUGCUGUCCUAAACGUCAGUUAAUCAACUCAACAACCAUCAGCUCCUAUUCAACAUAACAAGAAACUUUUGCGCAACAACAAAAAACACAACAACACUAACUCCACUAAAUCAACAACAACAACAUCCAGUCGAAGGCGACGAUAUAACUCGAACAACAACAACUGUAGCUUUGAUUGGUCAUCAAGGGAUUAAUAAUUAGUUGGAGUUUGACGUUAGUCCAAUCAGAAAUCGAGAGCAGGAGAAAGCGAUAAGCUUUUAUUUAUAUUGAUUACUAGUAUAGUGUCCAGUUUUGCCUGUCUUUUGAGUUAGUUUUUAAAUAAUUUAUUUGCAUACUUUUAGGCUUGUAGCUGAGAGUGAAAGCUCAGCUUUACAGAGGGAGGCUCAAUAAUAACCCAAGGACUUUAAAUCCGUGCGUGUGUGUGUGUCUGUCCGUGUGUAUCCUCCCACAACGCGAGUGUACUUCAAUUUUCAUUAUGAAAAUUACAACAAUGAAGUCUAAGCGCAAAUAUGGCUGUUUAGAGAAUAUUUGAAAAGAAUUUUUCAAUUAUUAAUAAUUAAGAUUAUUUUCAUAUAUCAUUUAUUAUUGUAGUCUUGUAUUUUUUUGUAAUUUCUUUAUUGCACAAACAAAUCCCAAUAUUUAUUUUUCCUUACAUUCCCCAUACACAAGAAAUUUAAAUACCAAAUAGUUUGAGUUCAGUUCAGACAGUUAGAAAGCGUGUGAGAGUAUAGUAAGGGUGUUUUUUUUUAUAUAAGUAAAAGUAUUUAGUGGCGUUUAAAGUAACAACAAGAAAAACAACUGCUGUUAAAAUAAAAAUCAAGCAUGGAGGCUUACUCGCCAGAUUUGCUAUGGAUGGUCGUUAUCGGCUUUCUUAUUGCAUUUGUUUUGGCCUUCGGCAUUGGCGCUAAUGAUGUGGCCAACUCUUUCGGCACCAGCGUGGGAUCCGGCGUUUUAACCAUACGUCAGGCUUGCGUUUUGGCAACAAUAUGUGAAAUUUCAGGCGCUGUUUUAAUUGGCUACAAGGUGUCGGAUACGAUGCGCAAGGGAAUACUCGAGGUGAGCCUAUACGAGGGCUCUGAGGAUGUGCUUAUGUUGGGCUGUGUCUCGGCGUUGGCGAGCAGUGCCGCUUGGUUGCUGGUGGCCACAUUUCUUAAGUUGCCCAUAUCGGGUACGCACAGUAUUGUUGGAUCUACAAUUGGCUUCUCUCUGGUGGCACGUGGCGUACAGGGUCUUAAGUGGUCCACGCUGGGCACCAUUGUCGGCUCGUGGUUCAUUUCGCCAGUGAUGAGCGGUGUGGUUAGCAUUCUACUAUUUUUGGCCAUACGUCGGUUCAUUUUGCGCGCUAAAGAGCCUCUUAAGGCCGGAUUCCGUUCGCUGCCAAUAUUUUAUGGAGCCACGUUCUUCAUCAAUGUUAUUAGCGUGGUUCUUGAUGGACCCAAGUUGCUUUAUAUGGAUAACAUACCCACUUGGAUAGCGUUGACCGCCAGCGUGGGUCUGUCCCUGUUGGUGGCGCUGUUGACACAGUUGGUGGUGGUGCCGUUGCAGCGACGUUCAAUUGCCAAAAAGCUCCGCGCUCAGAAUCCCGUCAAGUUCAAUUUCGAGGACUCUGUGGAAUCAUCGCCAUCUGGCAGCCCCAAGAAACAACGCCGUCCACUUUCGCUGGUCAGCGAGGGUAAACCAUUGCCGGCUAUUGCCGAAAUCACCGAGCUGGUAUCGCUCAGCGACAACUCUCCGAAGACCUUUAAGCUGGCUCCGUACGGCCUUGCCGCGAAGAAUAAUAAUGCGCCUGGUGAGGAUUAUAAAAUCAAUCCCGAGCUCAUUCGCAAGGCUGAGGAUCUGUUGGGCAAGGCUAGCCUGGAUAACACCGAUCUUACCGUCACCAGUUUGAACUACAUCGAUGAGCAACAGCAGAUGCAGCAACAGCAAAAUCGCAUUAAGCUCCAAGAAUGUUUUAAGCGCGUCCAGUCGCCCAAAGAAGAGCACAAGCAGCCACAACAACAAUUGGCCAGCGCAGCAGCUGUCAAUCCAAAUGCCACAACAAAUAACAAUCUGCAGGUGGUGGAAAGUGCCGGAAGUCUGGAUCUAAUGAUCAGUUCAACAUUGUCGCCCAACUCCAGUAAAGUGCCGCUUAUCGAGAGCAAAGAGGCGCUCAAUGAGCAGGAAGAGGAGUUUAAACGAGCUGCCGAUCGACGUGCCAGCAGUGCCGAGGAAACCCAAGAGGUCUCAAUGCUCUUCUCAUUUCUGCAGAUCCUUACGGCCACCUUUGGCAGCUUUGCACACGGUGGCAACGAUGUGAGCAAUGCAAUUGGACCUCUCAUCGCUCUCUAUAUGAUCUAUCGUGAGGGUUCGGUAAUGCAGAAGGCGGAAAGUCCAAUUUAUAUACUAAUCUACGGUGGCGUUGGCAUCUCUGUGGGUCUUUGGCUGUGGGGACGACGUGUUAUUGAGACCAUUGGCAAUGAUCUAACAAAGAUCACCUCAUCGACUGGCUUCACAAUUGAAAUAGGCGCCGCCAUCACCGUACUGCUGGCCAGCAAAAUUGGUUUGCCCAUUUCGACAACACACUGUAAAGUCGGUUCGGUGGUCUUUGUGGGGCACGUGAGUUCAGCGGGACGCAAGAAGCAGCAAUUGCAGGAGGGAACUGAAACAACAGAAACAGAAACAGCAGCGGCAGCAGCAGCAAGAGCAGCAACAACAGCUGGACAGCCAAAUGUGACACCAAUGGAGGAUGGCAGUGUUGAUUGGCAUUUGUUCCGGAACAUUGCCUAUGCCUGGAUAGUCACUGUACCCGUAACCGCAUUACUUAGUGCCGGCAUGAUGUACGUGCUCUGUGCUCUGGCUGUGGAUGAUAUGGGUCAGGCCUAAGGCUCCAUUCAAUUAUUAAUUGUAAAAGCUAAUUAAUGUUUCGUAAUUGUACAAGUUUGAAAACGCCAUACUAAAAGACAAAUGAAUAUCCUAAAAACAAAACGUAAGAAAAAAAAAGAACAAAUUUAAACUUAACUAAAUUACUCACAUAACUAAGCAAAAAGUUGAGAAAAGAUAAAGAAGCAUUUUACUUAACGUCUAGAACGUCUGAUCGUAACGGAUAUAAUUGGUAUUACUUAGAUAUUGUUUAUUAUAUAUGGAUAUUGUAAACAAAACCAACAAAGCACACACAGAAAAAUUCCCUUUGUUUACCUUUGUUUUCGACCACAAAAAAGCAAGAUCCUAAAGCUUAAAAAUAAUAUGAUGUCCAGUGCAAUUGUUUAUCACAUACAAAUGAACCAAAUUUUAUUCAAAUUUCUUUAAACAUUUUACAUUUGAUACAAUAUCAAUGCAAUAGAGCAAAACCUAUGAAUAAAAUACAAACUACUACAAAAAAGCACA